UUUACAGCCACAUGAGGGGAAAUGAAUGACAGAAUUGUGAUUGUUGUGUGAAAUGUCACUUUAAUCUUCCUGGUCAUUGGUUACUAAAACACCCCGAAGGUCUUCAACACCGCUCUUAACCAAGUGUACAUUUGUUCUGAAAUAACUCAUGUACUGCCACUUCAGACUUGGGGCAGUUGUGGUCUAAUGGUUAGAGAGUCGGACUCGUGACCAGAAGGUUGCCGGUUCGAUUCGGGUAACAACUGAGGAGCCCUUGAGCAAGACACCUGACCCCUACUUGCUCCCCGGGCGCUGCAGUGAUAGCUGCCCACUGCUCCGGGGGUACGUGUGGUCACUACUCACUGGAUGGGUUAAAUGCAGAGGUCACAUUUCGUUGCCUUGUACUUGUACAUGUGCAAUGACAAUAAAGUUGAAUCUAAUCUAAUCUAAUCUUCAGAACAAGCAUAAUAUGUGGAAAAACAGAAGAAAUCCUGCCUAACACAGCAUCAAAAUGAACUUUUUAAGUGAAUCUGAGGAUUUAACUCCAUACGUUGAUUUUAGCUGUCAUAAAUUAUUUCUCUUUGAGAUGAUCAUCAGGUUCACAUCACCAAUCAGAUUGUUUUAAAGGGGUGCUGCAACGAUGUGUCAUGCAUUCUGACUUCUUCACACUGUUAAACGUGCUGUCUUCUCAUGCUUAACAUGGUCAGCUUGUCAAAAAAACAGUUGGGCGUAUUACGUAGUAUUUCUGUGCUCGAUACACUCCCCCAGCGAUCAUACAGGUUUCGGAAAGUUUUUCGUAACCAUUUUUCUUAGUCAUUUAUUGGACAAUUCCCGGAAAAGCAUGCGGCAGCAAGGAGAGCAGGAGAAGGAGCAUGCGCAGACGUCACUUUCACUGGUGUGCAGGAGAGAGAGAGAGAAGUUCAGGUGUUUGUUUGCUCACUGCAUUUGGGUGAUGAAUGUUCUAUAAACGGUGGAUAUAACGCUGGAUUUGGAGAUGGUUUGAAACUGAUAUAUGGAGCCGUCCCAGCGCUAAAAGAUGCCGGACAUGAACCGCAUGCGAAUCUUCUGGCCGUUGGGCAGAAAGCUUUGAUGGACCGCAUGAAGAUCAUUAAAAAGCGUCUGUCCAUGAGCUUACACAGUGUUCGCCAUGUGGACGACAGUCUGACUGAACUUCCAGAACAUUCUGGACUGGACGAAGCUCCCAAGUCACGAGACGGUGUCCACAGGAAGAUUGGUUCAGAUGGAGAAAGUGAUCAGACUUCAGGAACAUCAUCAGAUGAAGUUCAGAGUCCUGUAAGAGUUCGUAUGCGAAACCUUCCGCAGCGCAUCUCAAAUGAGGACAUCAAUAAACGUCUGUCGCUACCAGCAGAUAUCCGUUUACCAGAAGAUUACCUGAAGAAGUUUGCCACAAACAGUCCUCCGUUUGACAAGCCUCUCAGUCGAAGACUCCGUCGAGCUUCACUGUCUGAAAUUGGCUUCGGCAAGCUGGAGACGUACAUCAAACUGGACAAACUGGGAGAGGGUACAUAUGCGACCGUGUUUAAGGGUCGUAGCAAGCUAACAGAUAAUCUGGUGGCUCUGAAAGAAAUCAGGCUGGAGUAUGAAGAGGGAGCGCCAUGCACCGCCAUACGAGAAGUGUCUCUCCUGAAGGACUUGAAACACGCAAACAUCGUCACGCUUCAUGACAUCAUUCACACGGACAAGUGCCUUACACUGGUCUUUGAGUAUCUGGACAGAGAUCUGAAGCAGUAUCUGGAUGACUGUGGCAUCAUGAAUGUGUUUAAUGUGAAGAUCUUCUUGUUUCAGCUGUUGAGAGGUCUCGCUUAUUGCCAUCAGAGGAAAGUUUUACACAGAGACCUGAAACCUCAAAAUCUUCUCAUCAAUGAGCGAGGAGAGCUGAAACUGGCCGACUUUGGUCUUGCACGGGCAAAGUCAGUUCCCACAAAGACCUUCUCAAAUGAAGUGGUGACGCUGUGGUACAGACCACCAGAUGUGCUGCUGGGAUCAACAGAAUACUCCACCUCCAUCGACAUCUGGGGUGUAGGUUGUAUAUUCUAUGAAAUGCUCACAGGACGACCUCUCUUCUCCGGCUCAACAGUGGAGGAUCAGCUUCAUCUUAUAUUUCGUAUCUUGGGUUCUCCCACUGAGACGUCUUGGCCAGAACUCAAUGAGACUUUUCAUUCUUAUCAUUUUCCUCAUUAUGAUGGAGAACCUCUCAUCACUCACGCACCCAGGCUCAGCAGUGACGGUCAUGAUCUCAUCCAUCAGUUAGUACAGCUGCUUCAAUCUUCUCCAUCAAAGAGAUUCGACUGCAGAAGGAUCCUGGCAAACGCUUCACAUCUCACAGAGAGUCAGCUCUUGCCGGCCGGAUGGGUUCUGCUCCACCUGAACAUUUUCACAACGACGGAGUCAACCGUGUUCCUCUCUCCUCAUGAACUCACUCAUGUGAUCACCGGUGCAGAUGGGAAAGAGGAGGAGACGCUGUCACUGUGUUUGAGUCGAGAUCACGUGUGUUUCUCAGAUCUUCACCGAGAGAUGACCAGCACACCUCCUUUCUUUACCAUCAUCAUCAUCGUCAUUCUGUUAACUGCUUCUUCAUUCAGUCUCCACGCUCAGGGGAAAUGUCUGCCAUUUGUUUGAGGUAUAUGAUGAUGAUGAUGAUGAUGACGUCACACUGAAGAAACAUUCAUGUAGAAAGAGCAACAUGCUGCUGUUGUAUAUUUAACAACACAGAACAGGCGUCUUCAGCGAGUCUCUGUAUGGACACAUGUGACUGAAUGCAUGUACACGGCUUUCUUCUUGAUGAUCAACAGACAUUCAACACACCACACACACUGACGACGUGUGUCAUAGACACAAACAGGCAUGGACAAGCAUGAAUAUUUGACUUCUUUACUACCACGAAAGAAAUGAGCGGUUACUCUAUUUUGCAGAAAGAAAAGCAAAUCAUUUCAGAUCAGAUGUUUCUUAUGCAAAACAAAAUCAUGUUUCCUCCAUUUGGUUUUAGAGGGAAAUGUGUUUUCAGAUUCACAGCAUCAUGUGAUACACACGUGUGUGUGGGAAGGGUAAACCCUACGGUAUGGGGACAAACACAAAGAUGGCAAUAUCCAAAACCCUUGUCCUUGUGGGGACAUGUUUUGGUCCCCAUGAGGAAACAAGCUUAUAAAUCAUACAGAAUGAACUUUUGUGAAAUUGUAAAAGAGCAGACAGUUGUGUGUGAUUGUUAGGGUUAGGGGGAGGGAAUAUGAGAUACAGUUUGUACAGUAUAAACACCAUUGUGUCCCCAUAAAACAUGGAAACCCAACGUGUGUGUGUACAGUGUGAAUGAAUGAACAACACUACACAUGUUCACGGAUGAUAACUGCAGAAGAUCUGGUGUCGUUCUUUAUUCUCAAAUGAACAGAAAUCCGUGGUCAGGUUUAAAGGCAAUAAUAGAUGAGCUUUAAUUGUGUUUGUGUACAGCAUGCAGUGACCACAAAACACAUUUGGACAUUUCAGUUAAUGAUGAAUUUCACGUUUAGAAAGCAAAAUAAAUCUGUGAACACAUGAUAUUAGACUGUUUCUCAGAAUAAACCCAUGCCACGCCAAUGGAUGCAUGAUCUCAUGAUGAACAACAUCGCUGUUUUUAAUGAGUUCUUGCUGUAUGCUGUUUAAUUGAAAUAAAU